CGGGUGAAGUUUCCGAACGCAGCCCAUGAUGGUUUUCGUUUGGAAUUGAUCCAUCGCUUCUACACUUCUGUAUGCAUUUGAGUUUUCAUAAUUACGACUGUGGCCGUAUCAAUCGAACGUUUUGAUACAGAAUUCUUGGCCACUACACUUUUCUACGAUUGUCAUAUGCGCUUUUCGUCAAAUUCGGAUGACAUGUAUUGCAUGUUUGGCGUGCAUUAAUAAUCAUACAUAGUUGGAUAGUCGUGAGUUAUUGGAGUGCCGUUGAUGGUUCAAACUCAGCGGCUGGCUGAUGAUUAUUUGCUAUUGAAUACAUUUUUCUAAAGGCUCUCUCGAAAAGCACCGGCAGAUUAAUCCACGCUUAUACACAGACGACGGGAAAAAACUAUGUAGUUGCGAUGGUUGCGAGCACAGCGACUGAUAUGACUGGAUCUAUAUAUCAUGAACGACAAGUGAAGGAGCUGUGUGCGUUACACGCGCUAAACAACCUGUUUCAAGAGCGUGGAUUUAGUAAGCAAGAAUUAGAUCAAAUCUGUUACAGUCUAAGUCCAGACGUAUGGAUCAAUCCUCAUAAGUCGUUACUGGGGCUCGGCAAUUAUGACAUUAAUGUUAUUAUGGCUGCUCUCCAAAGAAGAGGACGUGAAGCUGUAUGGUUUGACAAACGUAGAGAUCCUAAGUGUCUUCAUUUAGACAACAUUGAGGGUUUUAUACUUAAUGUCCCAACUGAAUACAAAUUAGGUUUUGUGCUACUUCCUUUGAAGCGACGUCAUUGGAUUGCUCUGAAAAAAAUACAUGGUGCCUUUUAUAAUCUUGAUUCAAAGCUGGACUCGCCGCAAUUAAUAGGAAAGGACAACGAUUUACUCAUAUAUCUAAAGGAUCAGAUAGAUAGCAAGGAGAAGGAACUGUUCCUUGUUGUUUCUAGAGAAAUCGAUAACAAUCAAGGAUGGUUGAUAGAUACGUGUGAAAAUAAAGAUGAAGACAAUAAUAUGGAUCAUGAUUCUAUUAGGUAUAUUGAGGAUGGAUACCCAGAUAUAGAUUUGAAAAAAUCCGAGUCUAAGGAAAUGAAUGAAAACGAGGAAUUUCUAGAUAACAAGAAUUCUAGAUAAUUGGGGCUACCAUGCACCAUGCUCCACUUUAUUUAUUCAUUCCCUUGUUGCAAAUUUAAGGAAGAGUGAUUAUAAUGAUUGCAAGAAAAGGCUUGAUAUUAUAUAGGAACAAAGAGAACAAAGAGAAAUAAACAGAUAAUGGCAAUUACACAUAUAAUGAAUGUUUCACUGAGCAUUUUUCGCAAUAAUGCUUUCAUUCAUAUCUAUGUGUUAACACAAACGUGAUAUUUUUAUUUAUUUAUUUACUUUUAAUAGAGAAGAGUCAUUUAUAUAUAUAUUGUGUAUAUUAUCUACUACUAAUGAUACAUUAUGCGUAACGCAUUUUAAGAAAUAACGUAUAUAAGGUAUAUAGCGUUGUAUUUAAAAUGAAAAUAUUGCUUUAUUAAAAGUUAACGUGUAUAAGAGAAGAACUUGUAUUCAAACGACAGCUACUCACACUGAAAGGGUAUUUAUGUGUAUAUUUAUCGUGAUAUUAUUUAUAUGUGAUAAUUAUAUGUCAUUUUAAAAAGCUUGUAUAAAUAAACACACUUGUAAUAUGAAAUUGUUAUGAUUUUAGAUACAAUCAUAACUUUUUUACACAAUAAAUAUGCUUGUAAUUUA